AGCCAGCCAAUUGCUUGCCUGUCGGAAUCUGCACUUGAAUAUCUCUGCACUCGCUUUCACUUGACGCAUGGUGCCCUAAAGUGCAGCCUCUUCGACCUCGGCUUCCCCGCGCUCCCACGAUGCCGUCGCGCACUCGUCAAGGCCCCUCGGUCGCCACGGAAGACGUGGAACCUGAAGAACCCUCCGGCGGUCUUCGCCAACUGAAGUUCAAUGAGCCGCUUUCAUGGCGCGUCGGACGCUCUGCUAUCCCCAUUGCGGAUUUGCUGCAGCGGCUGCAAACGCUAGCGCAGGAGUUGCGCAAGCUCGAACAGGAGGAGAUUGAGAAGGAGUCUCUAAGGAAGGUCUCGCAGGAGCUCGCCACGGCUCAACUGCUGGCGCAUAAGGAUAAGGGCGUUCGGGCCUGGGCUACUUGCUGCAUUGUGGAUGUGUUGCGCCUCUGUGCGCCUGACGCGCCUUUUACGGCGAAUCAACUAAAAGAUAUUUUUACUUGCAUUGUGUCGUCGAUCAUUCCCGCGCUAGGGGAUCCCUCAAAUCCUUAUAAUGCCCAACACAUUUACGUCUUGAAUUCGCUGGCGGAGGUCAAAAGUAUUGUUCUCAUGACGGAUCUAGAUCACCCGGACACAUUGAUCGUCCCACUGUUUAUAAGCUGCUUUGACAUUGUCGCAGGCUCAGCUAAAGCCUCGACCGGCGAACCAGUUGCCAAAAACGUCGAAUAUGAUAUGACCCGCUUGCUAGUGACAGUUAUUGACGAGUCGCCAGUCCUCGCGCCUGAUGUUGUGGAUGUGAUCGUAGCGCAGUUCUUGCGUGUCGAUCCUCGCGUGCUGGAUGGCCCAGGGAAAAAAGGAAAAAAACCCGAGACUCAGGUGGACGAGAAACAAGAGACGCUGCUACUAAAGGACUACCCGGCUGCGUACAACAUGGCCAAAGCAAUCUGCCAGGCUUGCCCGGAGAGGAUGACUAGUCAUAUCAGCCAGUACUUUAACAACGUCAUAAUUGACGCCUCAGCCACCGGAACCCAAAAUGGGCCCUCAAAGCAAGCUCGCAGAACUAACCUCGAUGACUCGGACGAGGAGGGAGAAGACAUCAAGGAAUUGAGUAAAGCGCAUCGAUUGAUCCGUGAGCUCUGGAGAGCAUGCCCCGACGUUUUGCAGAAUGUUAUCCCCCAGCUAGAAGCAGAACUGUCCGCCGAAUCGGUGUCAUUGCGCUUGUUAGCAACCCAGACCAUCGGCGACCUGACAUCUGGCACUGGGGUUGCUGGACCACCCCCGCCUCUGCCUAUGGACCCUGCGGUCUACCCACAGGUGAAGCUGGACGACUACGCGCGAUCAAUUCCGCAGCCAAAUGUUCUCCUUAUGCCUUUCGCGCCGAAGCCCUUUUCGCAAGCACACAGCUCUGCGUAUGAUAGUUUUUUGAGCCGACGCCUGGACAAAUCAGCUUCCGUGCGAGCCUCUUGGGCUACCGCUAUUGGCCGAAUUAUCCUAACCUCUGCAGGUGGUUCAGGCUUGAGCGAUAAUGAGGAGCAAACGCUUAUCACACAUCUAUCGUCGAUGCUGCGGGAUGCCGAUGAGAGGGUCCGCUUAGCAGCCGUGGAAGCAGUCGGUACUUUUGGCUUGUCGCACAUUGUGAACAAACUUGGAGUUAGCGGUGGUGUUUCCACUCAGGACUCUUUACUCUUCAUCCUCGCAGAGCGUGUUAAAGACCGGAAGUCGCAGGUGCGCGAACAUGCUACGAAAGUCUUGGCACGGGCUUGGGCUGUCGCGUCUGGGGACAUAGAGAGGAGUCAUGAGCAGGUCACGCCCCUGCUCAAAGAGGCACCGUCUAGGAUUCUCGACGCCUACUACACCAACGACCCUGAGAUCCACGUUUCUAUUGAUCGUGCCAUGUUCGAGAUCCUUCUUCCGCUAAGUUAUCCUCCCAUCAAGCCCAAACUCUCAAGGAGUAGUUCGAGUCAGUCCCAGAGACUAAAGGACUCCCAAGCGGCUGAGCCUGAAAGCGAGGCAGAUGUGGAUAGAAUCCGCGUUCGUCGCAUCCUCACCCUCGUAGGCGGGCUGGACGAAAAGGCCAAAAAGGUGUUCUUCGCCAUGCAGAAGCGCCAGGUAUCCCUAAGAACAGCUGUCACAGUCUAUUUACAGGCGUGCGAGGAGUACAAUGGUGGCGUGAUGGAAAAGAAUAAGGACCAGAUCAAGGCUCAACUUACUAAAAUUGUUGACGCUUUAGCGAAAACCUUUCCCGAUCCAGCAAGGACAUCUGCAGACUUAUGGAAGUUCGCAAAAAUCCAUGACCGACGAGGCUAUCAACUUAUCCGCUUUGCGAUGGCUGCUGUGAGUGACUAUCGCACGGUUAUCAAAGCUAUCAAGGAGCUGGCGAGAAGGCUACAAUCCAGCAAUAACACGAUCCUGCAUGAGACACUUACUACCCUGUUAUAUCGCUGCAGCUCGAUCGUCUUUAACCGAAGUCAUAUUCCCGCCAUUAUGAGCAUCUCCCGGUCAGAUGAGAAUGGAUUAGCGGCUCCCGCGCAUGAGAUGCUGAAAGAAAUCUCUUCACUCAACCCCGAGGUUUUGGAGGCUCAGGUGCAAGAGAUAUGCAAAGAUCUUGAGGCCCAAGCCCCAAAGGCCACCACGGUGAGCGCUGCCGGUACUGAGGAGAUUCUCAAGGCCUGCUCCGGGUUUGCGAAGAAGCUCCCCUCGAAGUUACCGAAGGAGCGGAAGUUCUUCCAGGCUCUUGUCGACUAUGCCCUCCACAGCCCAUCACCUCGUGCUGCCAAGCAUGCCGUCCUCAUCCUCAUGGCUGUCACCGAUAAGAAGAAUAUGUACGCCAAAGAUCUUGUGGAGAAGUGCGUUUCCAAAUGCACCUACGACUCCGAACGAUUCCUCACCAAGCUGGCAACAUUGUCACAACUCAAUCUUCUUGCUCCGCGGGAAGCCGACGAAGAGAGCGACGCCAUCAUCAAGAUCUCCGUCAAUCAAAUAUUAUUAACAAAUCGAUCACCCACACCUAAUUCAGGCUACUUUUGGUCGGAUCAAGUCGACGACGAGACAGCUGCCAAGGAAUGGGCGCUCAAGAUUAUUGUCAACCGGCUCCGGGCCAAAGAUGGCUCAGAUAGUGACGACGAUUUCCGUGCCCACGCAGAGCCUGUUUAUGAUACUCUGAAUAAGCUUAUUGUGAACUCAGGCGAGUUGUCAAAAAAGAAGGACACUCCGGCUACCCAGAAGUCAAGAUUGCGGCUUCUGGCCGCCAAUUCAUUGCUAAAGCUAUGCAGCUCACAUGCUCUGUGUGAGCAGCUGCUCACUCCGCAAGAUUUCAAUUCCAUAGCUCUUGUAGCGCAGGAUCCACUUCCAGAAGUAAGAAGCGGGUUUAUCAACCAACUGAAGAAGAAGCUUGUACAGGAUACCCGGCUGGGCGCACGGUGGUAUGUCAUACCGUACUUGCUUGCAUUCGAACCUCAAGUUGGUUUGAAGGAUAGCACUUUGACAUGGCUGCGGUCUCGGGCUGCAUUCUUCUCCCAACAGACGAAUGGCAAGAAGGGCGAGAAGCAGACGGUUAUGGAAGCCUUGUUUUCGCGUCUUCUUUCCCUCCUUGCGUAUCACCCUGAUUACCCUCCAGCAGAUUUAGACGAGUCGACAAAGCUGGACGAGCUGACCGAUUUUGCUCGCUACAUCCUCUUCUAUCUCUCCGCAGUGGCGAAUGAACACAACCUUUCCCUAAUCUUUCACAUUGCUCAGCGUGUCAAGCAAGCCCGCGAUGGGAUCACUAAGUCCGACGAAAUGUCCAGACGCCUUCACACGCUUUCUGACCUAGCACAAGCUACUAUUCGGCGAUUUGCAGACGUCUACUCCCAGCAGCGAAGGUUCGGCGGAGGCGCUGGCGGUGUCAACCUACUUCAGACAUACCCCGGCAAAGUGGGGGUUCCCAGCUCCAUUUUCGCCCCAAUGGGCAGUCACCGAGAGGCACAAGAAGUCGCCGACACGACGUUCCUCCCAGAAGACGCUGAGGACAGGCUUGAUCGCAUUGUGCGAGCGACAAUGAGGACGAAGAAUGGGUCGAGCCAGGCUGGCGCAAAGAAGAGGAAGACCGACAGCACGCAGGAGCCCAGUCGCGACGCUAAUGCGGCUAAGAAGGCGAGGAAGAACAGUGAAAGUUCCUCCAGACGAAAAUCGGGCUCUUCUGCCGUGGGUUUUAAGAUGCCCAAGCGCAAGAGUACCAAGAAGACCGGAGACGACUGGUCCUCGGAUGGCGAAGCGGCAGGUAAUGUCGCCAGUAGUUCCGCCACUCGAAGGCGCAGCAAUAGAGGCAGCGCUUCACGGCGAAUCAGCUACGCAGACCCCGACAGUGAUGAAGACGACAUGGAGAUGGAUGAAUUGAAUCAGGCUCGAGAUGAUGAAGAUGAAGGCGAAGAUCAAGCCAAGGACAUCGAAAAUGGAUCUGACCUCAGCGAACUGAGUGAAGCGGAUAGCAAUAUGCUAGAGGAGCCCGAGGAUGACGACGGUCCCUCAGAAAAAGAAGACCAGCCCGAUGACAAGCAAAACGGCGACGACGAUGCACAGCCUGCAUCCCCGGUUCCAGUAGCCUCGAAGGCGAAAGUACCUGGUAAAGCAAUGAAGAAGGCCACCCUUCCAACGCGACGAUCAGCUCGUCGUUGAUAUCUACUCCCUUUCCGUUUUUCCCCCUAUCUGCCAUCAUAUGUGUAUGUACGUUUACGCAAGGUCCAGUACGACUCGGUUAUAUGCGUGCUAUCCGUCUAUUUAUUUCUGUCUUAUCCUAUCUUGUCUGUGUGAAUAGCAAUUUCUGCCCGAGCUGUCUAUAUUUAUAUGAUACUCUAUUGACGCUAUCGGCUUGUCCUCCUUGAUGGAAUGGAUUUACUUUCUUUUGUUC